CUUGCCGGUUGCUGGUGGCAAUCCUCGACUAAAUUUAUGACAUUCUUUUCUUGUCGAAUGGGAAUGUGGCCAAAAGAGAUCAUCUUGUAGGAAAGAUGGGCGUGGUGUGACUGACGGACACCACCACUGUAACGAUCACGUGUUGGUGGAGAUGAGGAGCAACCACCGCAGCGUCGAUAUCGACGGUGCAGCUCCAAUUCUUCAGAUUUCCCCAGAAGUUCCUGCGUCAAGACUCAUGACACCGUUUCUGGUGGAUCUCGGCACAAGACCAUUCAUUUUUCCAUCUCAACCUUGUAUGCAGCUCUACGGUCAUGAAUAGAAUCAUGCGACUUUGAUUCUCGCCCUUGCAUUACUGAAAUGUAUCACCAAUUGGUCCAUUUUUCUCACUAGUCGAACCCAGGUCGUGUUGACAGAUUUGAAAAUGUCGCUCACCAAAUCAGUACCAGCCUCAUUAAGAGCCCUCAGAUCCUCUGGAGGGACGCCAUGUCUCGCUCGUCCCAUCCGAUGCCCCUCCUCUAGCUUUUUUGCUCCCAUUCCCCGAUCUGCCUUUUCGACCUCAAUACCUCGCGGCACCCAGUCAGAUCCCCUGUCCCGGCAGCGGGUGCGUAUGAAAAGACCCUACCUACGAAUAUCACUUGGAGUUUUAUUCGUAAGCAUUCUGGUGUACAAUAUGGCUACUGGCACCCCCACCGCCAAUGACUCCCCUCCAAUCCAGCCCACCUCUCUGGCCGAGGUGGAUGAGAUCACCAAGCAAAAGACAAACAUUACACGCAAGUCGCCAAUGCGGUUGCGGAUGGAAGCUUUAAUCAAGGAGCACCAGAAUCGAAUUGUGUUUGCACUCGAGAACAUUGAUGGCAAAAAGUUCCAGCGCGACGAAUGGAACCGCCCAGCCGGGGGCGGAGGGAUUUCGUGUGUUUUACAGGAUGGCAAUGUGUUUGAAAAGGCUGGCGUCAACGUCAGCGUUGUCUAUGGCGAAUUGCCACGUUCGGCCAUUGAAAAGAUGCGAUCGGACCACAAAUCUUUUGUUGCUUCGGAUGUGGAAAAACUCAAUUUCUUCGCUGCUGGUCUCUCUCUCGUCCUACAUCCUCACAAUCCUAUGGCCCCGACUGUCCACCUCAACUAUCGAUAUUUUGAAACGUCAGAUCCUCGAGAUCCUGUCAAUGCCACCGGCACGGCACCCCAGAAUUGGUGGUUUGGAGGUGGAACCGAUCUGACACCAUGCUACUUAUUCGAGGAGGAUGCCAAACACUUCCACAAAACCCUCAAGGCGGCCUGCGACAAGCAUGACAAGGAUUACUAUCCUCGUUUCAAGGAUUGGUGUGAUCAAUAUUUCCGGAUCCCACACCGAAAUGAAUCUCGGGGCAUUGGUGGCAUCUUUUUCGAUGACCUGGACAGUCUAACUCAGCCAAAUUCCAAGAAUGCGCAAGAAGAUCUAUUCCAGUUUGUUGCGAGUGGCUUAGAGUCCUUCUUACCUGCCUACCUACCUAUCAUCAAGAGACGAAAAGACAUGCCUUUCUUGCCUCAACAAAAAGAAUGGCAGCAGAUCCGGCGGGGCCGCUAUGUGGAAUUCAAUCUGAUCAAUGAUCGUGGCACUAGUUUUGGGCUUCGAACUCCUGCUGCACGGGUAGAGAGCAUUCUCAUGAGUCUUCCUUUGACAGCCCGCUGGGAGUACAUGCACCCAGUCUGUGGAACUGGAGUGGUGGAAGACUCAGAAACAGAUGAACAGUAUGAAAAAGAAAAGGAGGUCAUGGAAGUCCUCCGAAAUCCCCGAGCAUGGGUCUAGACUAUAGAAUGGGCGUACAGCAUAGCAAGGAGGUAUAACACCGGCAUCACAGUCCAGCCCCGUAUAAAACUGGCUUGAAGCGUUGUACAGUAUGAGUUUGGUAUCUAGGUAAUGCAAGACUGUGAACUUGGAAUCUCGACUGGGGGUAGCAGUUUUCAGCCUCCAUAAAUUUACAUGUGUACGUAGGGGAGGGACACAGACACCCAGCGACCUUGGGCAGGUACCCCGAGCAUUAGGUAUCGAGGCGCCCCAGACUGUCCCCAAGUAUUUACUUGGUCCCUUUACUUCCUUUAGUCCACCGAGCAGUUAUUUAUAUCUAUGGCCAAGUUAGGCAGGCGACUGUUACAGUACAGAC